AUGUCAUCCUUCGUCGAUUUGGGUGUGUGCAAAGAACUUUGCGAUGUUUGCCAAGAAUUAGGCUGGAAAAAGCCUACAGAAAUUCAAUCGAAGGUGAUUCGUGUUGCAUUGUCUGGGAAAGAUAUAAAUCUUUUGGCCAAACCACGCUAUAAUUAUGCUUUAAUUCUCACCCCUACUCGAGAACUUGCCAUGCAAAUUAGACAGCAUUUUAUUGACCUUGGAUCCAAGUUUGGUCUUCAGGUAAUAUGCUUGGUUGGUGGGCAGCAUGUUGAAGACCAACAAAGAGCCCUGAAGCAAACCAAGCAUCAUAUCAUUGUCGGAACACCUGGUCGUGUCCUUCAUCAUAUUGAACAUACCAAAGAACUUAUUCUUCACAAACUUCAUUAUUUUGUAUUGGAUGAAGCUGAUCACUUGCUUGGAGGAAACUUUGAAACUGAGUUAAAUGUUAUACUAUCUCGACUUCCAGAUAAACGGAAGACUUAUCUCUUUUCAGCUACAAUGUCAAAAAACCUUGAAAAGGUUCAAUCAGCCUGUCUUCGAAUGCCAGUUCGGUUAGAAACCGCUUCGAAGUAUACAACCGUUCAGAAUCUUGAUCAUGCAUUCGUGUUUCUACCUGAUCAGAGAAAGGAUAUUUACGUUGCUAAGUUGCUUGUCGAUCUCGGUGGAAGUACAACUAGUGAGUCCCGAACGAUUGUAUUCGUCGCUACAGCUAGAGAAUCCAUACUUGUGGGGGAGAUGCUAAGGCACAUUACGAGCAAAGAUGGAGUGGUCAUUUUGAAUGGUUCUAUGCCGCAAGAAAAGCGAGUUAGCGCUCUGCAGAAAUUCAAAUCGUCGGAAGCCAAUAUUUUGGUCGCUACGGAUGUAGCUUCAAGGGGUCUUGAUAUCCCAGAAGUCCAGUUGGUAAUCAACUAUGACGUUCCCAGCAAUCCGACAUCAUGGAGUGAGGCUGCCAAGUCCUACAUUCACCGUGUCGGUCGAACUGCUAGGGCAGGCCGACCUGGACGUGCUAUCACUCUUGUCACACCCUACUCUGUCACUCGGCUACGGAUUAUCGAGUCGGUUCUGGGCACACUGAUUCCUCAAUUGGCUUGGGUUGAUCCUACCAGAACUGAUUCACAACUCAUUCGAUUGAUUGAUGAGGCCUCUAUCCAUGCUAAAUCGGUUCUUCGCUUGAAUGACAAGAGGCAGAAACAACUGGAGGCCAGACGAGCGAAAAGGAGACGUUUGGGUCCCGAAGUGGAUGGAAACGAGUCUCAUCCUGAUGACUUUGAUGAAGAGGCAUAG